AUGAUCUCGGACGUGUCCCUGAGGCACUCCGGCGUUUAUGUGUGCGCCGCCAACCGACCGGGGACCAGGAUGAGGCGCACGGCCCUGGGCCGCCUGGUGGUGCAAGAAAGGGAGGAGGAGGGGGGGGGGGCGGGGAAGAACUACAAAAAGGGGGGCGGGGGAAGCAACUCGUCUCCACGCAACCACAGCACGGCCAAUGGGAGCCUCCCGCCGGGCUCCUCGGCCAAUCGGAGCGAGAGGAAGCAGCGGGGGGCGGGGCGGGGCCAGAAGGACCCGGUGGAGAACUGCAUCCCCAACAACCAGCUGGGGAAGCCGGACGGCCUGAGGCAGCAGAAGAUCCAGAGGGACCGUCUGAUGAACGAUUUCUCAGCAGCUCUCAACAAUUUCCAAGCCAUCCAGCGGCGAGCGGCGGAGAAGGAGCGGGAGUCCAUAGCCCGGGCGCGGGCCGGCUCCCGCCUCCAAGACGACUGGGGUCAGACCAGCGUCCAGACGGAGGAGGCGGCCAUCACUGAGGAGGACCUGGAGCUGAUAAAGGAGAGGGAGACCAACAUCAGGCAGCUGGAGUCCGACAUCAUGGACGUGAACCAGAUCUUUAAGGACUUGGCCGUUAUGAUUCAUGACCAGGGAGAGAUGAUCGCUGCCCAGGGCCGGAAAACAAAGGCCAAGCGGAUCCUGGAGAGCGGCAGAAAAGACUCCAGCUCCUAA